AUGAACGCUUCACGGCGCCUCUGCCGUGCUUCGCCUGCGGCAUUCUCGAUGACGAGCCCAGUGCGGCUGUUCUCCACCUCCUGGUCUGGUGACUCCGGUCUGAGGAUCAAUGCGGGCAGACUCCACGAGACACUUCACCAUACGUGCCAAUGGGGCGCGGCCCAUCGAUACGGCGAGGGCCCAAACGACACCGGCAUGUCGCGGCUCGCCCUGUCCGACGACGACGCGCGCGUCCGGCAAUGGUUCGCCCAAGAGACGGCCAAGCUAGACUGCCAGUUGACGGUUGACAAGAUGGGCAACCAGUUUGCCAGGCGGGCGGGAUCGUCCAGAUCCGGCGCACCGAUGAUCGCAAUGGGAAGCCACCUCGACACACAGCCGCGCGGUGGUCGCUACGACGGCAUCUUGGGCGUCCUCGCGGCCGUCGAGGUGCUCAGGACCUUGAAAGACGCGGGGCACACGACACACCACGACGUUGGCGCCAUCAACUGGACCAACGAGGAGGGCGCCCGGUUUCCCAGUUCCAUGGUGUCGUCGGGCGUGUGGGCUGGCAACGUCCCCAUCGAGAAAGCAUGGGGCCUCGCCGACAUCUUUGACCCGUCCGUCACUCUUCACUCGGAACUCGUGCGCCACGGCUACCUCGGGAGCGUCGAGUGCUCGAGUGACGCCGCGGCGGGAUAUCCGCUGACGGCGCACUUUGAGCUGCACAUCGAACAGGGGCCUGUGCUCGAACGAACAGGCAGACGGAUUGGCGUCGUGCAGGGGGCGCAGGCCUACAAGUGGUUGACCGUGUCGGUGACGGGCCGGGACGCCCACACGGGAACGACGCCGCUGGACAUGCGCAGCGAUGCGCUGUUGGCCGCGGCCAAGAUGAUUGCCUCGUCAAAUGCCAUUGCCAGGAGACACGGCGCGCUCGCGUCCACGGGCGUGGUCAAGAUGCCGCCAAACUCGUCCACCAACACGAUUGCCUCGGCGGCGACCUUCUCCCUGGACAUCCGCCACCCCGAGGACCACGUGGUCGCGCAAGUGCUGAGCGAGUGUCUCGCCUCGUUUGACUGCAUCCGCAACGAGGACGGCAGGGGCGUCGAGUACGACUGGUCGCUGGACACUGACUCGGAGGCCACCAAGUUUGACGGAGACUGCAUCAGGGCGGUUGAAAUGGCGGCCGACGACCUCGUUGGACCGCACGGAUGGACCGCGUUGACGAGCGGAGCCGGCCACGACAGCGUGUGUACGAGCAAAAAGGUCCCCACGACCAUGAUAUUCGUCCCCUGCAAGGACGGCGUGAGCCACCACCCCGAGGAGUGUUGCAGCCCUGAGGAUUGCGCCAUCGGGGCCCAGGUGUUGUUGCAGGCAGUCAUAAAUUACGACAAGAUGCUGGUGGCAGGCAAGGAUUGA